UAUACUACAUAUAUAUACUAAACAUACAUACAUAUAGUCAGUAGUAGCUUUAUUGUCACAAUAUACACAUUUUCGACGAAAUAUUUUUACCAAAAAACUUUAUAUUUUUAAGGUUAAGAAAAUUUGACGUUUUAUUCCUCUAAUAAUAAAAUAUGAACAAGUAGACAGGAUCGAAAUAUAGUCGAAUUAGUUAUUAACAAUAAUAAUAAUAAUAAUAAUAAUCAUAAUAAAAAAUGGAUCCACUAGUCGGCGACCGCAUGAUGGGGAUCGCAAACGUUGUAAUGCGAGUACCUCCACUUUUUAUAAUCGACGAGCUGCUAAGAAUCGGAUUAGGAAUGCCCGAGGAGACCAUUGUUCUCAAUGCAACUGACCACUAUGAUUACAAUAAAUAUGCGAGCGUCCAAAAUACUAUUGUAGGAUCAAUAGCUUCUGUUGCUACAGCGGAACCUUCUUUAAUACAGUCUUUUAAUAUUAAUAGUUAUUUCUAUCAGGCUUACAUUCUUACUAUUAUGAGGUUUUUCGCUUGUUGUUUUGGUAUCGCAGCUUCUAUUUACACAUUUAUGCUCUGGACUGGUCAUUUAAUAAUCGUCUACAUGUACCUGAUAUCUGUUGGCACAAUAUUCGUGUCCUAUUGGUCCAACGUGAGAACAAUGCAAUCAAUAAUAACUUACACGUCAACUUACAAUCCAAAUAUCACGUCAACUCCAAGUAUUUUGGAUGACGUGCUCCGGUUGAACUUCAAUCACUUGAUUGAAAACGGGCCUGGGAAUAUCGUUAUCCAGAACUACGUAAUCCAAGCUAUUUUGGCAAGCGUCUUUUGCUACAUCCAUCUGGCUCCACGUCACGUUAUCCUCGAUAGGUUACUUUUCAUAAGCUUCCUCAUACCGUCAAUUCUCGGUAUUUACCCUCUACCUGCAACUGUUCUGCAUCACGCUCCAGUAAUAGCAGCCCUACUUCCUCUUUUAGUCUGCAAGUUCAUUCUCUGGUACAGCAGCAUCUCGAUGUUAAAAAUAAUGCACUCCGGGUAUCAUCAUGCGCGGACCUUCAUUAGCAACUACGGACUUUCAGCGCUCGCGGAAAUAGAAUGGAUGCGACUUAACGUGCCCAAUGUACUCCGUACUUUCUGGAUGUUAAGAGUUUUUGAGCAGAUAGUCCAGCUACUCGGCACCCACUACAACGAGGAAUCAUUCACUCUAUCAACUUUAAUCCGGACUUUAUUAGUAAACGGCUGUGAAACCCUAACUGCCUUAUUGGGCAUGACUUCCAUAAUAUCCUCUAUCUGUCAUUACAUCGGUUGUUUCUUCCGGUGGGUUCUCCUUACCGAAGACGACGAGGAGAAGAGUAUAGGAACAGUAUCCGCCAUUUUGUUUUACAUCCUCGCUCUGCAGACUGGUCUGACAUCCCUGGACCGGGAGAAACGACUAGUCCGUCUUUUCCGUAACUUCUGUCUUCUGUCCACAGCAGUCUUGCAUUUUGUUCACAACAUCGUAAACCCAGUCCUUAUGUCGAUCAGCGCCUCUCAUAACCCAGCAUUGAGACGUCACUUGCGGGCGCUCAGUGUCUGCCUCUUUCUAAUAGUCUUUCCCAUAACACUUUUAGUCUUCCUCUGGUCCCACUUCAGUAUGUCUACCUGGCUCCUUGCUGUCUCAAUCUUCUGCGUUGAAGUAAUCGUCAAAGUCUGCGUAUCUCUGGCCAUCUAUGGGCUCUUCCUUUUCGAUGCCUACCGUAGUACCUUCUGGGAACCACUUGAUGACUGUCUCUACGUAAUUCGCAGCUUUGGCAACACUGUAGAGUUUGCUUUUGGCGUAGUCCUCUUCUUCAACGGCGUCUGGAUUCUAUUUUUUGAGUCCGGAGGUGCGAUUCGUGCAAUCAUGAUGGGCAUACACGCGUACUUCAACAUUUGGAACGAGGCUAAAGCAGGAUGGAGCGUAUUUAUGAAGCGUCGUACUGCUGUCUACAAAAUAAAUUCACUACCUGAGGCGAAUGUCGAUCAACUCCGUAGACUUGAUGACGUAUGCGCCAUCUGCUAUCAAGAAAUGAAGAGCGCCAAAGUAACCCGGUGCAAUCACUUCUUCCACGGGGUUUGCUUGAGAAAAUGGCUCUACGUACAAGACAGAUGUCCUCUGUGUCACGACAUUCUUUAUAAAGUUGAAACUCCUCCGGAAAAGGAACCACCCCAAGCGCCUGGUGGUAGUCAGGAUCCAGUAGCGAGGGAAAGAGAAGAUGUUGAAGACGAGAGACCAGACUUGGCGCCAGGCAGAGAGACUUCAACGAUCAUCAGGUGAAAUUCGACGCCUACCUAAUUAUUGUUAUUCUUAAGGCUUUGUGAUACGUUUAUUUUUUUUUUUUUUUUGAGGGAUAGAGUUCAUGGUCGUCUGUUAAAGUCACGGGUGAGUUUCGGGAUUUACACGAUUGUUUUGAAAUUUAAAUUAGAAGGUUUGGUCUGUGUGAAAAUGAGGCGUCUUUUUAAAUUUUAUGUGAUAUCGGAGGUGAUGAGCUUACUUUGUUGUGGAUUGUUACGUCUUCUUAUUGGACAUAAUAUAUAUAUUAGUAUAAAUAUGUGGUAAUCGAUGAUUGAUGAGUUUUGUGACUAAAUAAUUGUAUUGAUUAUUGUGUAAUUAAGAAUGGAUAUGGAAUAAACAAA